AUGUCUUCUAAAAUUAAAAAAACUACAUUAACAAAUGAGCAGAAAUUAGAGCAUGGAAUUGCAAAUGUGAAAUUGCACAGAGAGGAUGCUUCUGUAGAUCAUGAUACUGCAACUGAGUCUAUUCCAAAACUAAGACAAUUGUUAUUACAAUAUCAUUCACAAGAUAUAUAUAAUAUAGAUGAGACUGCAUUAAAUAGUAAAUCUUAUAAGGCAUUCAAAGAUCUUACUACUGCUGAAGAACCAGAUGAUAGUGUUGAAAUAUACCAAUUUACACAUCAAGAAGCAUUAGAUGCAUUAAACAUAGUUAAUCAAGAUCUUCUAAAACAAAAUAAUGAUAUGACUAAAUAUAUUAGUAUACUUUUAAAAAUUACUAAAAAAGUAAGAAGUCUUCGAACUGCCUCAUUACAACAAACUAAUCUUGAGUUAUUUUUUGCUUUAAAUUCUGUUAAAAAUAAUAUGAAAGUUGAAUAUGAUUAUUUAACCAAUUUUGACAUGUUUGAAGCUGAUAAAGAUACUGAAAUUGAAGAUCUUAAAUUGGAAAAAUAA